GUGAGUCAAGAGCAAGGAGUCAGCUAGGAGAGCUUGUUAUAAUGCAGUCCUGGGGCACUGUGGUAGUGACCUUGGCCAUAGUGAUGGUUGCCACUGUGGAUGCCAAGAUCUACGAGCGCUGUGAGCUGGCAAGAAAGCUGGAGAAAGCAGGCCUCAAUGGCUACAGGGGCUACACCAUUGGAGACUGGCUAUGCAUGGCACACUAUGAGAGUGGCUUUGAUACCUCCUUCGUGAAUCACAAUCCUGACGGCAGCAGUGAAUAUGGCAUUUUCCAGCUGAACUCUGCCUGGUGGUGUGAUAAUGGUGUCACACCUUCCCAGAAUCUCUGCCACAUGGAUUGUCGUGACCUGCUCAACCGCCAUAUUCUGGAUGACAUCUUGUGUGCUAAGCGGAUUGUGUCCUCACAUAACAGUAUGACUGCCUGGAACUCGUGGACCAAGCACUGUUCUGGCCAUGAUUUAAGUGGAUGGAUCAAGGGGUGUGAUAUGAAUGUGAAAACUGACCCAAAGAAAAUUAAUUCAUGACUCAGAUUCCCAGAGAUAGAGAUUUUUUUUUCCUUUCUUUUCUUUCUUUUGUGGAUUUAAUAAAGGAUGGUAUCUAUAAACAAUG